AUGGCGGAACAACCAAAGGCACGAGAUCUCAGCGAGUCGUCAGCGCAUUUCCGCAGCGCUUUGCAAAACCUCACCCAUGAAUGGGGCUUCGUCGUCGCCCGCACCGCGUACGUCGCCGACAAUGACGAAGCACAAUGGGCCGCCGCCGAGAAGGGUCCGAAUACCUUGGCCCUACCCGUCAGAGCCGACAGCAACGUCCUAUGCGGCGCCGACUACGCCUUCCAUGAAGAGUGGCCGUCCGACGUCUGCCGCGAUGCCUUCGUCCUCAUCGACCAGCCAGCGCUCACUUCGCUACUUAAUGCGCCAGUCUUCAUCCCCGGCACGCUUCCGAAUCUCGACCUGAAGCCGUGGAUCGUCGCAGUCGACGCAAAGGACCCAGCGAGCGUGCCUUACGCCUGGGGAGGGCCUUGCAUUGGGCUUUACGAGGUCGCGCGCGCGUGUUCUGGGGCCAGUUGUGGGAGGACCUCGGCUCGCGGUCCCUGGCACGGUUGA